AGAUUCGGGUCGAUGUGACUUCCUCACCUGCCAUCCUCCUUGACAUUGAUUGUUCAUUGAGGGCCUAUAUCACACCAUGCCGCCGCGUCUCAACCUUUUCACCGCACGGGCGGUCCCCGUUCUUCGUCAGUCCACCAACAGCUCGGCUGCUUCCCGACGCAGUUUUGCGACCAUCCUCAACACCAAUCGGCCUUGCGCGGCCUCGACUGGCCAUGGCUUGAAGUCUGGCCUGUCGGCUUCUGUUCGGACGCAGAGGAGGUGCAACUCCUCGGGCUCUGAUGGUCAAGAUAGACCCAAGGGCCCGACCGAGGACCCUUUGCCCCAUGUUAGCGAAGAGGCCGCGGAGGUCAGCAAGAUCAUGGAUAAGAAGUGCGAUGGUACCCCAGCCAGUCCUGAAUUGGAACAGGGAACGCCUAUUUCUGAGAUCCUGCAACGUGAUAAGGAGGCCCUGAAGCAUAUGCCCAAGGUCAUGCAAGACCAGAUGAAGCGCCCCUCCGGUAGCCGUUCAUUCUCGACGUCCGCUCGCCGCCUGCAGCCAGAACUUCAGGGAAAGGAAUUCGAUGAUGCCUCGGCGUCGGUCGUUGCCAACAUGAUCUCCCAGGUCAACCAGCAGGCCACCGAAUUGCACCCUGGACUUAAGUUCGAAGUGCCCGAGAACCUUCCCAAGACUGAGAACUUCCGCAAGAGAUACGAGACGAUAGUGGAGCAGUUCACUAAGCUGCUUAUGCAAGAUGGCAAGCUGAGCAAGGCUCAGAACACUAUGGCAUUCAUUCUGGAUCACUUGCGCACUGCUCCUCCCCCGAACAUCAACCCCCGGCGCCGCUUGCUGCCGGGCCCUCCCGCUCCUCAGCUCCCUCUUAACCCCGUCCUCUAUCUCACCUUGAUUGUCGACUCUGUCGCGCCUUUGCUCAAGCUCCGUCAACAGAAGGGUAUCGUUGGUGGUGGUGUGUCUGUGCAGGUCCCUUCUCCUCUCGCUCUGAGACAGCGCCGGAGAACCGCGAUCAAGUGGAUCAUUGAUGCCUCUGACAAGCGUAAGGAUAGUCUGUUUGGCCAGCGCGUGGCUAACGAGCUGGUUGCUGUUGCUGAGGGCCGCAGUGGAGUGUGGGAGAAGAGAGAGCAGGUGCACAAGCUUGGUGUGGCUGGCCGUUCUAACCUUGGAUUGGUUGCGCGCCGGAGCCUAGCUAAAGUGAGAGUGAGUGAUGCGACUAAUGAAGUCCUCGACUUUGGCCACGAGCCAAUGGCACGGGCGAUGACUAACAGCGCUAGUCGCGGCUGGGACCCUCUCCAAUUCUGGCCAAUUCUGGUCCCCGGAAAGCAGCUUAUCUCGUUAGCGGCACGACCUGAGAACGUGGAACGUCGCCCAUUCAACACCCUCGCACAAAUACGCUGGACAGUCUCCGGCCGCUGUCUCUGCUGCCCCGCUCUUCCCUGCCUCUUUUUCUUCCUGUCCAACACCGUGUCGUCGAAUGCCGGCGAUCGAACCUGGGCACGCAUCGCUUCUGCGAGGGGUGCCUCUCCCGACGAUAACGACGUAACCCCAAGUGGCCAGUCCAUCGAACUCGGCCAGUAUCCUGACACACCUGCCACAACUGCCCGCCAGUCUCACGCGACUCUUCCUCCUACCCAGCUGACUGACCCGGGGUCUGAAUUUCCUCCCUACCAUCGUACAGACCACCGGGAAGGUCAUCCUCAGAAGUCUACACCGUGGGACAAACCGGUUAUCAUCAAAUAUUGGAUAGAAGCUCUUCGUCGUCACCCUCACCGCCACCAGAAUAGCGGUUCCGCCGACAAGAUGAAGUUCUCACAUAGCAUUCAGUUCAAUGCGGUGCCGGACUGGAGUGCUUAUUAUCUGGCUUACAGCAAUCUCAAGAAACUGAUUUACUCCUUAGAACAGGAAGUGCAUCGAUCGGCCGGACAUGACCAUGUAGAUGUUGAACAAGCGCCAUUGUUAGAUGGCGGCAGUCUGAACACUGAUGCGAUAUUUCGUCGGGCUCUGGAUGCAGAGUUGGAGAAGAUCUGCUCGUUUUAUCAAUCCAAGGAGGCGGAGAUAUUUACAGAGGUCGAGGACGUCCUCCGAGAUGCCGAGGAAUAUGCGCACAGGGCCGAUACGAUGAACGUCGAUCCCAUGAGUGAUGCCAUGAUCAAGGGUCGCACAGCCAGUUCAAGCUCCAGACAGCGGCCUGGGAGCAUUGUUCGUCCGGUGCCAUCGAACCAGGAACGGCGUCAUAGCGCAUUCAGUGAAACACUGGCCGAUGAUGACGAUGACGAUGCAGACAGUGACGACGAACCCGCGCAUCAGUAUCGACCGCAGUCGCAUGGCGCUGAGUCUAGCAAUCCGGAUGGUAGUCGUACGGACGACAUGAGGGACUCGGUGCUCUGGGGUGCCGAUUCCCGGAUUCUGGGCUACAGCGGUCCGUCCGCGCACCGCGGGGGUGCACACGACGAGCACUUUUCAGAUCCAAUUGUCGUAGAUCUCUACAAUUCGGGGCUCUCGCUGAAGAAGCGGGCUGUUGCGACUUACGUUUCCAUCUGUGGACUCAAGUCGUACAUACAGCUUAACAAGACCGGAUUCUCCAAGGCGCUGAAGAAGUACGAUAAGAUCCUUGACCGCAAUCUGCGUCGGGAAUAUAUGAAUUCCGUCGUGUCUUUAACGUAUCCCUUCAAAGACUCUACCAUGGAAAAGGUGGAUGACAACAUUCGCAAAGUCGAAGAGGUCUACGCGAAUGUCGUCACCACCGGUAACAUUCCCCUCGCCAAACGUGAACUCCGCCUGCACCUCAGGGAACAUGUUGUUUGGGAGCGAAACACGGUCUGGAGAGAGAUGAUUGGUAUCGAAAGGAAGGCUCAGGCUGCGAACGUCGGUAUUCGCAGGACGCUUCUGGGCGGAGACGAGGAUCCUUCCAGAGCUCGACGCCAGGGGGACGAGCAGGAAGUGGUGUCCAAGAUGCUCAGGACGCCGUUUGGAGUCAUCCGAAUUCCACAAUGGCUCUGUAGUUUGAGUCUCGUCACCCUUGUUCUCAUCCUGCUUGCCUUUGGCAUUUUGUUGUCCGUCCCGAUAAUGGAGAAGCCGGAACAGCAGAAUUGUCUGGCCAUGCUUGUUUUCGUCAGCUUGCUGUGGGCUACAGAGGUUAUUCCUCUAUUCGUCACAUCGCUACUCAUUCCUUUCCUCGUCGUGAUGCUCCGUAUCAUGUUAUCCGACAACAAGCCCCACGAACGCUUAGGCGCGAAGGAAGCCACCGCCGCUGCUUUCAGCGCCAUGUGGACGCCAGUCAUCAUGCUGCUGCUUGGAGGCUUCACCAUCGCUGCAGCGCUGUCCAAGUACGAUAUUGCUCGUCGUAUGGCCAUGUUCGUCCUGAGUAAAGCCGGGUCCAAUCCCAACAUCUUGCUGCUCACCAACAUGUUUGUGAGCAUGUUUCUGAGUAUGUGGAUCAGCAAUGUUGCCUCGCCGGUGCUCUGCUACUCGAUCAUCCAGCCUCUAUUGCGUAAUCUGGCGCCCGAUUCCAGCUUUGCCAAGUCCCUUGUCCUAGGUAUUGCUUUGGCCGCUAACGUGGGCGGUGCCGCGUCGCCAAUUGCAUCGCCUCAAAACAUCAUCGCUUUGCAGAAUAUUUAUCCGAGCAUGAGCUGGGGGACCUGGUUCUUCAUCUCACUGCCAGUGUGCAUUCUCUCCAUUGUCGCGAUCUGGAUGCUUCUGGUGCUUACCUUCAAGCCCGGUCGCGAGAGGGCCGUCGCCAUCCGUCCCUUGAAAGACAAGUUCACAGGAGUUCAGUGGUUCAUCAGUAUUGUCACGCUGUCAACCAUCGCGUUGUGGUGUGGCAGUCACCAACUCGAGCAUAUUUUCGGAGACAUGGGCGUUAUCGCCAUUAUUCCGAUGGUCCUGUUUUUCGGCACGGGUAUCCUUAAUAAAGAGGAUUUCAAUAACUUCCUCUGGACGAUCAUCAUUCUGGCCGCUGGUGGUCUUUGCCUCGGAAAAGCCGUCACGUCCUCGGGGCUCCUUCACACCCUUGCGAAUGCCAUCCGCCUGCGGGUGGAGCAUCUGAGUCUUUAUGGUGUGCUGCUUGUGUUCUCCGCCCUCAUCCUGGUCAUUGCCACGUUCAUCUCCCACACUGUGGCCGCCUUGAUCAUGCUCCCGCUUGUGCGACAGAUCGGACUCGGCAUGGACGACCCGCACCCGAACCUGCUCGUGAUGGCGAGCGCAUUGAUGUGUUCGGUAGCCAUGGCUCUGCCUACAAGUGGCUUCCCUAACAUGACGGCCAUCAUGACCGAGGUACCCCAGACGGGUCAGCGGUAUCUGCAAGUCCGUCAUUUCUUCACCCGCGGUAUCCCCGCCAGCUUGAUGUCCUUUGCCGUGAUAGUAACGGUAGGAUAUGGGUUGAUGUACAUUGCUGGACUGUGAGCUGUUAUUACCUGACAUCUUACACUAAUUGCUUUGCUUUGCUUUGUUAUUGGUUUACCUUAUAUGUGAUGGAACGCGAAAGAUAAUAGGCCUGAUGUGAGCUGAUUUAGCCACGCGGCGCAAUCUGGUCUGGGCAUGCUUAUUUAGAUGGUGCGUUUUUAUGGUGGAUGUUGCUUAUGGUUAUACUGGAUGGUGAUGGUCCCGAUCUACUUUCUUCUUCUCUUUUCGCUUGGCUAGAUGAUGAACGAUAGAAAUAUACCAGUUUGAAGCUAUAGAAUUAGGAGAUGUAGGCUAUAG